CUACCCGCGGACCUCUAAGUGGAUAUAUGUCCAGUUCAUUCUCAUACAUAAUGCUGCCGCCGGGUAAAAUUUUGAUUAGAACACACAUCGUAACAUUUAACCUCGAAAUUGCGAGGAUCGUAAGCCUUCCCCCAAACGACCAUAAACUAUGGAGUUUGUAGAAUCAAUUACCCAAGCUCCGCUAUCACCGUACUUAAGGACUACUAUUAGUUUAGUAUGAUAUCGCGAAAUGGUUAUCUCGUUGCUUCCGACGUAUUCGGCCGCGGCUACGUUGUUCCCAUAGCCAAUUCGUUUGACAACAUCAAAAAGCAGCUUUCUGCUCUUUCUGUAUCUCUCUUUAUGGGAUAUUCUUCUAUUGCAAAACGCCCCCGUGUGGACCUUUCUGCUCCUGAUAUAUCCCUCCCUAUGGGGUUUUCUGUUAGGUCGGUACCGUUCCCUAUAGGCGCCUGCGAGCCUUACAAUGAUGAUGUUAUGGAUUCCGCAUAUUGUUCCAUGGAACCUAGCCAGGCGGUCGUCGCCCGGGGCGGUAAUCAUGAAGAUAAAUUCGAACUGAGACCUGUAGAGAUCUAACAAGAGUCCAAGAAGGAACCGAAUGUUACGGAGACGUGAUAACUAUUACAUGAAAAAAUUUCAUUAGUCCGACAUGUGAGCUACGGCAGCAGGUUAAAGAGGAAAGUUAUAGGGCAUGGUGAUUCAUCAGGCAGGCUUAAGCCAAUUUGGUGCCAUCCCUGUUUCAAUUCUUAACUUUCCAAUUAACUAUACUGUAUAUCAACUCCGUAGCCUUGGACAAAAUAAACUUCCAUAGGAUAAAUUUGCAAAUUUUAGAAUCCUCGAUUCUUUAGUUUCUAAC